UGUCACUCUCGUACACAGUAGGUGGAGCGAAGAAGGCGACAGAACAUCUCUGUCAAGAAGUUUUUAGAGUCCACACUGUCGCCUUUGCAGCGUCUUUUAGCUGAAAAACAAAGUCGAGAUAAACGGCGGUGUAGACGGAGAAACGUGAGUCGGACUCGGACACGGCCAUGGAAGGUGUGUAUGGAUGGAGCCUGAACACCCUCAACCCAGUUCAAACGGGGAACCCCUUCAUAGAGAUCAUCGAGCAGCCGAAGCAGAGGGGGAUGAGGUUCCGGUACAAGUGUGAGGGACGUUCAGCCGGCAGCAUCCCCGGAGAGAAGAGCAACGACACCACUAAGACCCACCCAGCCAUCAAGGUGCACAACUACAAUGGCCCCCUGCGUGUUCGCAUCUCACUGGUGACGAAGAAUCCACCGCACAAGCCGCACCCUCACGAGCUGGUUGGGAAAGACUGCAAGCAUGGCUACUACGAGGCCGACCUGCAGGAGAGAAGAAUACACAGUUUUCAGAACCUAGGCAUACAGUGUGUCAAGAAGAAGGAUGUGAAUGAGGCCAUCACUUGCAGGCUGCAGACCAAUAAUAACCCCUUCAACAUUCCCGAGGCGAAGGUAUGGGAGGAGGAGUUUGACCUGAAUUCGGUCCGGCUUUGCUUCCAGGCCUCCAUCACUCUGCCUACGGGGGAGCUGUUUCCUAUGGACCCUGUGGUUUCGCAGCCCAUCUAUGACAACAGGGCCCCAAACACGGCUGAGCUGAAGAUCUGCCGAAUCAACCGCAACUCUGGAAGCUGCAAAGGGGGGGAUGAAAUCUUUCUGCUAUGUGACAAAGUGCAAAAAGAGGACAUCGAGGUGCGUUUCUUCCAGGACUCCUGGGAGGGAAAGGGCUCUUUCUCCCAGGCUGAUGUCCACAGACAGGUGGCCAUUGUGUUCCGCACACCGCCGUACCGCGACACUAACCUCUCUGCGCCCAUCAGUGUCAAGAUGCAGCUCCGCCGGCCCUCUGACCGUGAAGUCAGCGAGCCAGUGGACUUCCACUACCUGCCUGUCGACCCAGAUGAAUACAGGCUGAGUGAGAAGAGAAAGCGUACAGGGGACAUGUUCCAGAGCCUGAAGCUGGGGCCCAUGCUGUCUAGUGUGUCCAUUCCACAAGAUAGACGGCACAUAAGCCCAGCAAGGAGAACAGUCACAGCCAAGCCUCCAUCAAUGAACGCACAAGCUGCGGCUGUAGUGCCCCCUAGUGCCAGUGGAGCGAAACCCCAGGCCUCCUACCCAUACAAUCAGCAAGGCCAGCUCUUCUCAGUGCAGCCCAAGGUAGAGUCCUCCCCCUCCAACUCUUCUGCAACCACAAACCAAACAUGGAGGAUCAUGGAGAGCCUGAACCUGGGCUCCCAGCCCAAAGCCACUCCAGUGUCCAACUUCACAAUGAGCCAGGUAUCUGCCUCCUCCUCCUCCACCACCACUGCCCCUGUCAACCCGGACUACUCAACCGUCAACCUGUCAGAUCUUCAUGAAUUCUUCCCCAACAUUUCCUCAGCCAUGGCCCAGGAGCCAGCAGCCUCCCAGGGAAGCAUGGCCUCCUCGCAGACCAGCAGCUCCUUCACCCUCCAGGCCUCUCAGUUCCGGGUGGACCCACCACUCGUUGACGAUGACAUCCCUGAGUUCCCUAGCUUUUCCGAAGCCCAGGCCCCAGGCGCUCUGGACAACCUAAAUAUGGAUGACUUUGAGGACCUUCUGAACCCCACCCUCAUGAGCGAGAGUGGAAACGGCACCUCAAUGUUGGGUCAAGCUUCCUGCCAGCAAGCUCCCAGCUCCUCUUUUGCUUCUCAGAACACUGCAGCAUCCCAUAACACUUCUGACCCUGCCAGCAACCCAGGAAGCACCUGGAUGAAUUAUCCCAACAGCAUUGUCAACUUGCUCCAGAAUGAGGUCAUGAAUGACAUUGCCCCCAACAGCAACCACCGGCCCGCCGUGCUGGAUGAGCUCGACGAGCUGAUGUCUGCCGACGAGGAUCGUCUUAUUUCCAUUUUAACAGCGGAAACCCAGCUAGGUUUGUGUCAGGACACCCAACUUAAAAGUUUGUGCAUGUGAUUUUAUUAUGGACAUAUUUACAAAGACCACUUGAGUCUGCUCCUUUAGCCUUCAGAACUACAACUCCUUUGUUGUUACUAAAGACAGAAAAAGGACACAAGGUGGAUAUGAAGGGCUGUAAGAGACAGAAUGUAGCAAGACUGCUCCCUGUGAACAUGAAAUCCCAGCAAAGACUCUUUAUGCUAUUCAGUUCGUGGGGUUUGCCAUCAGGCCUCAUUUAUACCGUUUGUCCGAUAAAACAAUAAACCACAAGGCCAAUGAUCAGAUUUCACCGCCCUAGUUGAGAAUCAAUGAUUAACUUUUUCAGCGACUGUGUCAACCUGAUGUUAGAUUAUCCACUAACAAAUGUUUGUUUUAUAAAGACAAUUAGAUCAGAUGUAUGUUUUCCUGUUGAGGUCAUUGUCUGUGGAACAUGUUAAGCAUGUUCUUGUACUUUGAACAGUUUGGUAGCUCUGGUCAAUGUUACUUAAGUCUUUAAAUGAAAUGUUUGGUUUAAACAAAGUGGCUGGUAUUUUCAAAGAAUUUAAUCAGAUUUAGAAUUAAGUCUAUGCAAAUUAUGUUCGUCAUUGUCCUUUUAAUGAAAUAUCCCGGUGUGUUUGGAGAUUAGAAUGUUCUCUUUAAGUCAGCAGGAACUGUAACAGCUUCCUUAUACAGGUGCCUAUGUUGAGUCGCAACAAAAUGUAAUGUGUGUAGAGCCAAAUGAAGGUGUGUAUGUAAAUAAUUAUCAAACAAGCAACAUUAAUUAAGUACAUGCUUAUAGCAGAGAAGCUGUAUCAGAUCGUGUUUUUUUGUCUGGUAAUAUAAUUUCCUCUGGUCUCUUAUCAGUUUUUCUACAGUUGUUUUAUGAAUAAUGGCUGUAGUUUAACUCUUUUUAGACCUUCAGGUCAACUUGCUAUACUCUGUAGUAAAACAUGCUUUAUUGACAUGAAAUUAUGCUGUUUUAUCCCAGUAUGAUGUAAGCAGAUUAUACUAUAUGCCUUUUUUUGCUGUAAUGAAUAAUUCUGUCUAAAUUCCAAAACACUUUUCUUGGCAAUAAAAACCACAACAUACUAAGAUGA